AUGAUUGCUCGUUGUCGUGCAAAGUGUUGGAUCAUUCAGUUGAAGGAGGAAAAUCAGGAUCUGCAACUUUCUACUAAUCAAUGUGGAAUCAAAGGCCACAUAAUUGUCUAUCCUCAGCACCCAGAAGGGAUCGCAAACAUCUUACCUCUGUCAGUGGACGACAUCAUUAUGCUGAUUUGCAUCAUUUUUGUGGGCUCAUGUCCUCCAACUCGUGCAUGGCUUGAAGAGAAGGCCAAACCUUUGAUAGCUCGGAGAGAAAAAGUUCAUGCUGCAUUAGUUUGGCUGAAGGAACACAAUCAUCUGUAUAAAGAUAUCACCAUUGAUUUCGAUGUUUUGAAUUCUAUGGAAGAUAAAAUGUUGAUGCCCUUUCACAUUGAUCAUGUUCUUCCGAAUGAUGCAUGUGAUUUCUUGACAUUGAAGUAUGAUGCAACCAAGUCAGUGCAGUCAGAAGAUUCGUCCAAUCUGGAGGCUACUUUUGAGAAUGUUGUAGUCACUGAUGUUGACGGAAAUGCAUCUGCAAACGAAUUGCGUGCAGCAGCAGUCCAUCAUAUCAAGAACAAAGGAGGUGGAUAUGUCCAGGUCCCUCACAAUCCUCAACCUGUCAAUGAAUUCUUCAAUCUGAACCUCUUUCCAAUGAUUUAUCCUACUUUGUUUCCAUAUGGAUUGGGAGGAUUUGAAGACCAUCUACGUCCUGAACCUUUGUUGAUAAAGAGACAUGUCAAACACCUUUUUAACCUCGCAGAUUGUCGUUUUCAGGAACAUUACUCAUUUCUAUUCAUGGCAUUCAACAUUUUACAGCGACAGAAGAUUUUGUUACACACAUCUUUGAAAGUCAAUCGGGACUCCUUUCCGACUGUAGCUACCAAUCUCACUGCUAAAUGGGCUGUUCACUGUGUGACAGAGUGCGUAGCCUGA